UUCGCACCGGCCGCUCCGGCCGCGCUCAAGCGCCCCAGGACCCCUCUGCCCGGACCGCGGCUCCCGGAGGGUCCACUGCCCACCCGCCCGGGGGCGCCCGAGCACGGGGGGCGCCUUAAUGCGGCCCCCACACCUCUCGCCCGCCGCCGCCGCCGCCGCGGAGCCCCGCGCGCCGCGCCCCGGCCCCGGCCGGGCACCCAACUUAGGAAGGCGCGCGGCGCGCCCCGAGACGGCAGAGUCCGCGCCCGGGCCCCGGCCCUGGCCCCGCCGGCCCCGCCGCGUCUGGGGGCAGCAGGGGAGCCGGUGAUCGCUGCGGGGAUGUGAGGAGCCGGACGUAGGACCCGAAGCCCGCCAUCCGCACCCCCUCGGCUGCCUCCCGGCGUGGGGGCGGCCCCCCGCACACGUGACCAGGCCGGCGGUGAUUUUUUGUUCUCUCUCUCUCUCUCUCUCUCCGUGAAGAAUACAUCUCUUUUCCCAUCGCUCGGCUCGACCUACUCUCCCGCCGCCGCCUAGAAAUAAAAGUUGGCUGCUUGCAGGAGCUGCGAGCCACCAGGCGAUCGCCCACCCCGGGCGGCGCCCGGAGCGCGGACAGGGGGCGCCGUUGGCUGGAGGCAGGGCCCCCCAUGGGCCCCAGCUAGCGGCCCCCCAGCUCCAGCCGGACGUCCCCGCGGCCCCCACCCCAUGUGAGGCGGGAGGAAGAGGAGGACCCCACGGGCUCCGCGAGCCGGAAGGCUGCUGGCACCGGGCCCAGGCGAGCGGAGCGGGCACCUCGCCGCGUCCAUGUUCCGCCAGGAGCAGCCGCUGGCCGAGGGCAGCUCCGGGCCCAUGGGCUCCCUGCAGCCGGACGCCGCCGCCGCCGCCAACGCGAGCUGGAACGGGACCGAGGCGCCCGGGGGCGGCGGCGCCUGGGCCGUCCCGUACUCCCUGCAGGUGACGCUGACGCUCGUGUGCCUGGCCGGGCUGCUCAUGCUGCUCACCGUGUUCGGCAACGUGCUGGUCAUCAUCGCCGUGUUCACCAGCCGCGCGCUCAAGGCGCCCCAGAACCUCUUCCUGGUGUCGCUGGCCUCGGCCGACAUCCUGGUGGCCACGCUCGUCAUCCCCUUCUCGCUGGCCAACGAGGUCAUGGGCUACUGGUACUUCGGCAAGGCGUGGUGCGAGAUCUACCUGGCGCUCGACGUGCUCUUCUGCACCUCGUCCAUCGUGCACCUGUGCGCCAUCAGCCUGGACCGCUACUGGUCCAUCACGCAGGCCAUCGAGUACAACCUGAAGCGCACGCCGCGCCGCAUCAAGGCCAUCAUUGUCACCGUGUGGGUCAUUUCGGCCGUCAUCUCCUUCCCGCCGCUCAUCUCCAUCGAGAAGAAGGGCGGCGGCGGGCAGCAGCGGGACGAGCCGCGCUGCGAGAUCAACGACCAGAAGUGGUACGUCAUCGCGUCCUGCAUCGGCUCCUUCUUCGCGCCCUGCCUCAUCAUGAUCCUGGUCUACGUGCGCAUCUACCAGAUCGCCAAGCGCCGCACCCGCGUGCCGCCCAGCCGCCGCGGCCCCGCGGACAGCGCGCCGCCGCCGCCGGGGGGCGCCGCCGAGCGCAGGCCCAACGGCCUGGGCCCCGAGCGCCGCCUGGGCCCCGGGGGCGCCGACGCCGAGGCCGAGACGCUGCCCGCCCAGCUCAACGGCGCCCCCCCGGGGGAGCCCACGCCCGCGGCGGCCGCCGGGCCCCGCGACACCGACGUGCUGGACCUGGAGGAGAGCUCGUCGUCCGAGCACGGGGAGCGGCCCCGGGGCUCCCGCCGGUCCGAUCGCGGCGGCCGCGCCAAGGGCCAGGCGGCCCGGGGGAGCCCGGCGCGGCCCGGGGACAGCCUGCCGCGGCGCGGGCCGGGCGCGGGGCCCGGGGCGCCGGGGAGCGGCCCCGAGGAGGAGCGGGGAAGCGGGGGCGCCAAAGCGUCGCGCUGGCGCGGGCGGCAGAACCGCGAGAAGCGCUUCACGUUCGUGCUGGCCGUGGUCAUCGGCGUGUUCGUGGUGUGCUGGUUCCCCUUCUUCUUCACCUACACGCUCACGGCCGUCGGCUGCGCCGUGCCGCGCACGCUCUUCAAGUUCUUCUUCUGGUUCGGCUACUGCAACAGCUCGCUCAACCCCGUCAUCUACACCAUCUUCAACCACGACUUCCGCCGCGCCUUCAAGAAGAUCCUCUGCCGCGGGGACAGGAAGCGGAUCGUGUGAGCGAGGGGUCCGCCCCCGACGACCCCCCGAUUCCCCAGCAAAGGACGCGCGCGGACCCCGGGCGGCGGGUCCAGGGGCGCGGGUCCACCCAGCCCGCCGGCUCCGCGCGCCCCAGCCUGGGGCUGCUCUGCGGCCUCCUUGGGACACCUGCUCUUCCCCACCGAGGAAGAAGACUGGCUGGGAGGGCCACACGCCUACCCUCCCCUUACAUCCUCCCACCCCCAUUUUGUUAGGGCCGCUCCGGACUCUUCCAGGAGCGAUCUUCCAGGGCCCUGGGGCCGCCCCUAAUCAGUAUUGUUUCCUGAAGGCAUUUUCACCUCCCCGGAGCCCAGACAGAGCAAUUCAGAGCCAUCACUGAAGCCCAGAGGACAUGGCUCUCCAAGGGUUAACGACAGGGGUUACCUGGCCUUGGCCCCUUGCUCUCCCCUCCCCCUUCCCCCAUCUCUAUUUUUAAACACAACUCAGGGCAGCCCAGCCCGCCCUCCCAUCCCCAUCCUCCCCUGUAAAUAGACACUAUUUUUGAUAGGACCUGCGGGGCAGGGCGGGGGUCCCAAUGUCGCUUGGCUUUUGUCUUUGGAAUCCUGGCUGUGGGAGAUGCCCUCGAGGCAGACACGUUGUGUCUGGGGCAGGGCAAGCCUCUGGGCAAAUGCAAGCCCUUUUCCAGUGCCAUGACUGACUUCCCUCCGUGUCCUUUUCCACCAGCAACUGGUGACUGUCCCUUGGGGCCUGGCCCUGCUCUGAGAUGCCCCGAGGGGGAAAAGAUUUGUCCAUUUUCUUUCCUGUGCCUCACAGCAUAAUUGCCUUUUCCUAUGUAAAUAGUGCCAUGAUGGACCAAGACAGAAGCAACGAGCCUUUCUGGCUUGCAUCAGCCCCGUGUACAAAGCCAUCACCCCCUCCAUGCACCUUUUAACUCACUUUGAAACCUCCUUCGGAUGUCCCCCCCCCCCCCCUCCUUUUCUCCGGGGCCACUGCUUGAAGAAUAUGUAUGUUUCUAUUCUGUGUGUACGUGUGCGCCUCCCUGUCUCCCAGAGUGCUGACUGUGGGGAAAUCAUCGAGCUGCUGUUUUUAGACACAGAGAAGUGUAAAUUAUGUGGAAGAGGCAAACCUGAUACAAUUUGCCCAAGGUAAACAGCUCGAAAAGACAGAUGGGCCUGCCAAACUGUACAGUUCCUGCCCCAAGAGCUCUGAGGUAUCAAAGUGUUGUCCUUCCCCCCAACCUCUGUGUUUCUGGUUGAGAUCCUGUCACUGAUGAAUUCCCAAAGUCAACGGAGGAGGGCGGAGACCUCGUGUUUACAGGAGUUUCUACACGUUUCGGACAGAGACUCUUCAAGGCUUGCACUCUCACUUUACUAAAGAAAAAAUUAAUGUCAGCACAUGUUGCUAAUGACAGUGGAUUUUUUUAAAUAAAAAAGUUUACAGAUCAAAUGUGAAAUAAACAUGAAUUAAAUGCU